UAUAGCUAUGGCAUAGUCUAAGUAUGAAAGAAGGAAAGAGGCAUGAAGUCUUCCACUGGGACUUUAGCCUCAUUGAUGAAAUAAAAUACUUCGGCUUCAAAUUCAACCAAAACAAAUAAUGAAUAUUGGUCUUUUGAAAUAAUUUAAAUAUGUGCCGAAGUGAUUUUACGAGAAAAAUUGAGAUAAAUUAAAUUAAAUUAAUCGUCUUCUUCUUCUUCUUCUUCUUUCUUCUUUCUUCUUUCUUCUUCUCAGAUACCCACCGGGCUUUCAUUGGAUUCUCUCUCUUCGUCUCCCAUUCUAGGGUUUCUGUUCCGGCGAAUGCUGCUGUUUCUCCGAUGAAUCGCCAACUCAACCAUCUUCAGACCAACUCCAUUUCUCACUGCCAAGAGUGCGGCAUCUCUCAAUCCGCCUGUUGGAUCCUCCACAAUGUUCGUCACAAAGCCACCUUCCGUCGUCUCUGCACUAAUUGUGUCCUCAAGCACAAUCUCUCCCGUUUUUGUCCUCUUUGCUUCGAUGUUUAUGAGGAUUCAACUCCUCCGCCGUCUCAUCACCGAGUUAUGUGCUACAGAUGUCCUUCAAUCUCUCAUCUCUCUUGCGUUUCCUUUCGAUUUUCCUCUACCUUCCUAUGCCCUCUCUGCUCCGAUCCUCGUUUUGUCUUCUUCGAUGGUUUUGACUCCGGCGUCAGCCUUCGUCAAUCGGAGUCUACUGUCGCCUUUUUAGCCGGGAAAAAUGUUGAUGCUAAAUCAGGGAAAGCUAUUGUCGCUGCGGCUCGUGUGUCCGCUCAAUCCAUGAGGAGAGCAGCUCUUGACGCUAGGGCUGUUGCGGAGAUGAAGAUAAAGAACGCCGCGUUUGCGAAGAAACAAGCUACUCUCGCAUUGGAACAGCUUGCGUAUCUUGUUCUUCAGGAGAAGGAUAAGAAUGGAUAUUCUAAAAGUAAUGGAGAUGCUGUUGCUAGUGAGAGGAAUGUUGAAGAAGAAGAAUACAAGCUACAUGAGAAAGAGGUAACCGCCAUUUUCGAUCUAUGAGGGGGAAUCGAACUCCAUAACGAAGGUAGCUGAUUUAGGAAACUAACUGCAGAGGGUAGUCUUGUUCAACUGUCUCAUUCAAUUGAGUUCCUCGAAGAUUCAGUAGAAUACAAAGCGUUGAGGUACUAUCAAACCAUCCGCGGACACCUUCUGGAUCAAUGUAGAGAUGAACAAUCAAUUGAGGAAAGUCCGAAUGAAUUUCUAUGUACAUUUCAAAUUUUCAUCACUGUUUGCUUAACCGUUUUGGAAGAUUUUCGCCUAAUUGAAGUUCUAUUGAGAACGUUGCAGCAGCUUGUUCAGCUUCUCUAUUGAUUCCAAUUCUUUAUUUUAUCACUCAUGUUUCUAUUGUAUCUGAUUCUCAGCUUCUUCUUCAUUCUGCUCUCUUCUAUCGACUAUUUUUGUAGAAUCUCAAAGCUUUUAUGGGUGUGAACGCCAUUGUUGCCGCCUUUGAGUUACUAGAAUCGCCAUUCGCCCAUUGAUAUUCAAAUGCCAGUUCUGGCGGAGCGGUGGUCAUAUCGAGAAGUGAUGGCGAUCGCGAUGACGGCGGCGGCGAUUGAGCUGGUAUUUCUUUAGUGAAAUUGACCAUUUCCUCUUUUCCGUUG